UCAAACUAUUUGAGAUUUCGUAAAAAGAAACUUUCCCUGUGGAACAUUUUUGUGAUUUCUGGUUAGUCCAGUUUAUCUAUCUCAAACAUAUGGGGGCGCGGCCAGUGUGACGUCAUCAUCAGAAAAACGAAACGGACUCUGAAAGAACUGCGAGCGACCGCACCAUGCCGGAUGAGAUGCAAAGAGCUUUAAUCCAGAGAGGAAGCGACUGCAGACCUCUCGGACCCGCUAUGUCUGAGCUCGACACGCAAGUUGUCGGCAUCCUGGGCUCCGGUGACUUCUCCCGCUCGCUUACCGCCAGACUGCUGGCCUCAGGCUACCGGGUGGUGGUCGGGAGUCGAAACCCCAAACGCUCUGUAUCGCUCUUCCCUGAAGACGCAGAGGUGACCUCCCAGCUUGAAGCGGCCAGCCAGGCCGACGUGGUUUUUGUGGCCGUCUUCCCCGAGCACCACUCUACCCUGUUGGAGCUGAAGCCGGCACUGGCUGGAAAGAUACUGGUGGAUGUUAGCAAUAGCUUCCAAAUCAAGCAAGAAGGGCCAUCCAAUGCGGAAAAACUAGCAGACAUGUUUCCUGAGAGCUUUGUAGUGAAAGGCUUUAACACAAUAUCGGCGUGGGUGCUUCAGACUGGACCUCGAGACGGAAGCCGGCAGGUUUUCCUGUGCAGUAAUAACAGCAAGGCCAAGCGCUCAGUCCUGGCAAUGUGUCGCAGGAUGGGCUUUUGUCCCGUUGACAUGGGCCCACUUUCUUAUUCUUUAGAAGUUGAAAACCUUCCGCUUCAUUUGUUCCCUUCGUGGGGCAGGCCGGUCCUCGUCACCGUCGUUCUCUUCGUCUUCUUCUACCUUUACAACUUCAUCCGUGACGUCUUGCAUCCCUUCACCACAGCGGGGCAGAGUUUCUUCUACAAAAUGCCCAUCGAAACGGUCAACGUCACUCUACCUUCCGUCGCUUUGGUGAUGCUUACGCUGGUCUACAUACCGGGCUCGAUCGCCGCGAUGGUCCAGCUGUGGCGGGGCACCAAAUACAGUCGGUUUCCGAACUGGCUCGACAAGUGGCUCGCCGUGAGGAAGCAGUUUGGCUUGUGCAGCUUCCUGUGCGCGGCCAUGCACGCCGUCUACAGUCUUUGUCUGCCCAUGAGGCAGUCGGCUCGCUUCAGGUUGCUCAACGCCGCUGUCAAACAGGUGCAAGACCAUGUGGACAACGUGUGGAGCGAUGAGAGGGUAUGGAGGAUGGAGCUUUACUUGUCAGCGGGCAUCAUGGCGCUCGGGUUGUUGUCCCUGCUGGCCAUCACUUCACUGCCCUCCGUGGCUAACAACAUCAACUGGCGAGAGUUUAGCUUUGUACAGUCCACUUUAGGCUACUGCGCCCUGUUCAUGUCCACUCUCCAUACACUCAUCUUCGGCUGGGACCGCGCAUUUGACCCAAGCCAAUACCGCUUCUACCUGCCACCCACUUUCUUAUUGGUUGUCAUCCUCCCUGUUGCACUUCUACUGGUUCGCCUUCUCCUCCUGUUGCCUUGCUUUGCGCAGCAGCUCCAAAGGAUCCGCCGCGGAUGGGAGAGGAGUCGAAACGUCCGUUUCGUCCUGUCCAACGAUUGCUGCUACGACGGCUUUGAUAAUACCAGCAAUGUUUGAAAAAUGGUGAAACGUUUUGGGUGUGCUGACAUGUUGUACAGAGGUUUUUUUAUGAAUUAGUUAAGAGAGUGUUGAUUCUCUCUACUGUCUUCCACUGUGCCUUCUAAUUUAUUUUGUAUUGAUGUUAUACAUAGAUGGCUUGUUUUGAAUGUGAAAUCUGUGCCAAAAGGUAAACAUCUUUGAACAUAGCUUGUUUUUUUUUGUAUGUUUUCUGCCAAAUAUAUUGCUAAUUUUUCUUAAGUGUGUUUAUUCCACAUUUUCAGAUUAAAGCAGUUUUUACUCGUCAUAA